GUCACUUAUCACUGACGUAAUUUCCGGUUUCCCAUGCUAGAGAACUGUUCGUCGCUUUACUGAAAAAGGCGAACAAAGUGACCGUCAGCAGCAGUCAGUCAUGAUUAAACUCGAAGGACUUGGGCCUAAAAUGGACCCAGAGAUGCUCAAGAAGAAGAUGCGGCAAGAUGUCAUCACAUCUUUACGAAACUUUCUUAUAUAUGUCGCUCUUCUACGAGCCACUCCUUACGUGUUAAAGAAGUUGGACAGCAUCUGAGCAGAGUGGUUGGUCUUUCUUUUCAUCCAGCAGAUGUUCUUCUGCAUCAGAGACAUUAUGGGCGCUCAUCGGCAGACACCUGUGGAAGAUGACCAGUGUUCUUGCACCUGAUGAAUCAUUUAGUUUUGUUCUUUAUAUAUUCUUUAUCAUGACAUUAGACUGCUUUUUUAAGUUGAAAUAAAUACCAAGAGUAAACUAA